UUUGCCUACCAACGCACUUGGAAGCCUUUCAAUCCAAUUCUUGGAGAGACUUAUGAACUGGUUAACCAUGGAGGGAUUACAUUCAUUUCUGAACAAGUGAGUCAUCAUCCUCCUAUGAGUGCCGGACAUGCUGAAAAUGAGCAUUUCACAUAUGACGUCACAUCUAAGCUAAAAACUAAAUUUUUAGGGAACUCUGUUGAUGUCUAUCCUGUUGGAAGAACACGUGUGACUCUUAAGAGAGAUGGUGUUGUUCUAGAUUUAGUUCCACCUCCGACCAAGGUUAACAAUUUGAUAUUUGGACGAACCUGGGUGGAUUCACCUGGAGAAAUGGUCAUGACAAACUUGACUACUGGGGACAAAGUCGUUCUUUAUUUUCAACCUUGCGGUUGGUUUGGAGCUAAUCGUUAUGAGGUCGAUGGGUAUGUAUAUAAUGCUGAUGAAGAACCUAAAAUAUUGAUGACUGGAAAAUGGAGCGAGUCCCUGAGUUAUCAACCAUGUGAUUUGGAAGGGGAGCCUCUUCCUGGCACAGAACUGAAAGAGGUUUGGCAUAUUGCAGAAACUCCAGCAAAUGACAAAUUUCAGUAUACCUACUUUGCGCAUAAAUUAAACAGCUUUGACACUGCUCCCAAGAAGUUGUUGGCAUCAGAUUCCCGUUUGCGUCCUGAUAGAUGGGCACUUGAGAAAGGUGACCUCUCAAAAGCUGGUGCUGAGAAGAGCAGGUCUCUCUCUCUCUCUCAAGAGUGUGUGUGUGUGAUCAACUAUUUACUUGUGAUAGGUGUAAUUAUUUGCGUCCCGCCAUUCCUCAUGCACAAGUCGAUCAGUGGUUCUAAAUUAACAUACAUAAUUGGCAAGCAUUUGAACUAUCAAGAAGAGUUAGUCAUGGUCAUUUUUGCUAUUAUUAUCAUAAUUUCCCAAGUUGUAAUGUUCAGAGUUCAGUAUCUUAUGUAUCAAAUUGAUCAUAUUACCAAUUUGAAUCAUAUGGUGUAUCUAUAGAAUACACAUUGCAGCACCCCUUAGUAUUCAUCUCUGCAUCUCAGUAUCUUAGAGAAAAUGAAAGAAAUAUGCUGCUCGUUUAUUUUUUCUGAAUAUCUGGUUACAAAUGAACCAUCUAUGCAUGUAUAAAUAGCCAAAAGAAAUGCCAGUUGUCCUUACUAAUUUACAGCAGGUGGAAA